AUGACUACAGAAUCAGGAUCAGACUCCGAGUCCAAGGAUAAAGAGCAGGAUCAGGAGGAGAGCCCUGCUCAGGAAGGGGCACAGCCACAGCAGCAGCAGCCACAGCAGCAGCAGCCAAGUGAAGAACACCAGACCGCACUCGAGCAGUUCUCGGCUGUGGCAGCGCACAGCACACCAGUGAGAAAGGAGCAGGCCACAGAGAAAGAGCAGGAGUUUGCUGCUGCAAGUGCAAAACAGCUGGAAUACCAGCAGCUAGAGGACGACAAGCUCUCUCAAAAAUCUUCAUCUAGCAAACUUUCUAAGUCUCCUCUAAAGAUUGUCAAGAAACCGAAAAAUAUGCAAUGCAAAGUGACGCUCCUGGAUGGAUCGGAGUAUGCAUGUGAAGUAGAGAAACGUUCCAGAGGUCAAGUGCUAUUCGACAAAGUGUGCGAGCAUCUGAACCUUUUGGAAAAAGACUACUUUGGGCUAACAUACAGGGACACAGAAAACCAAAAGAAUUGGUUGGACCCUGCCAAGGAAAUCAAGAAGCAGAUCCGAAGUGGUGCUUGGCACUUUGCAUUUAAUGUGAAAUUCUACCCUCCAGACCCUGCCCAGCUAUCUGAAGACAUUACCAGGUACUACCUCUGCUUGCAGCUGAGAGAUGACAUCGUUUCGGGUCGGCUGCCCUGCUCGUUCGUCACACUGGCCCUGCUGGGCUCCUACACCGUGCAAUCAGAGCUUGGUGACUACGACCCGGAUGAGUAUGGCAGCGACUACAUCAGCGAAUUCCGCUUUGCGCCAAACCACACUAAAGAGCUGGAGGACAAAGUGAUCGAGCUGCACAAGAGCCACAGGGGAAUGACACCUGCAGAAGCUGAGAUGCAUUUCCUGGAGAAUGCCAAAAAAUUAUCAAUGUAUGGAGUAGAUCUCCAUCAUGCCAAGGAUUCCGAAGGAGUGGAAAUCAUGCUAGGAGUCUGUGCAAGUGGACUCUUAAUAUAUCGAGACAGACUCAGAAUAAAUAGAUUUGCCUGGCCAAAGGUUUUGAAAAUUUCCUACAAGAGGAACAAUUUCUACAUCAAAAUCCGACCAGGGGAGUUUGAGCAGUUUGAAAGCACUAUUGGGUUUAAGUUGCCAAAUCACCGUGCUGCAAAGCGCUUAUGGAAAGUGUGUGUUGAACACCAUACAUUUUUCAGGCUCCUGCUGCCAGAAGCACCUCCAAAGAAGUUCCUCACGCUGGGCUCCAAGUUUCGCUACAGUGGACGGACACAGGCCCAGACGAGAAGAGCCAGUGCCCUCAUAGACCGUCCUGCACCUUACUUUGAGCGGUCCUCUAGCAAACGUUACACCAUGUCUCGCAGCUUAGAUGGGGAGGUUGGUACUGGCCAGUACGCCACAACAAAGGGCAUCUCUCAGACCAACUUGAUAACCACUGUGACUCCAGAGAAAAAGACAGAAGAGGACAAAGAUGAUGAAGAGGGCAAAAAGAAGAGAGCAGAGGAAGUCACCCCAAUUUCAGCAAUACGCCAUGACACCAAGCCAUCUUUGCUUGGCACUGACUCCCACCACUCCUCGCCAUCCUCUCAGCCUGGCCCCCAUGUAUCUUCAGCCAAGCUUCGCAGGAGAUGCAAGGAGAGCACUCGGACAAAGUCCUUAGGCUGUGAGGCCCCCAAAGAGAGCACUCCCAAACACAGCGAGUUGGAGCCAGACUCUGACAGAAAGGGGAGAGUUUGCUCCGCCGAGCAAGACAUGGCUUUUGGCUACAAGCAAAAAGCUGGCAAAGGCGGAACACUGUUUUCCUUCUCCUUGCAACUUCCAGAGUCAUUUCCUUCCCUCCUGGAUGAUGAUGGCUACCUGUCGCUCCCUAACCUCUCUGAAACCAACCUCCUGCCUGCCAGUGUGCAGCACUACCUCCCCAUCCGCUCCCCCUCCCUCGUGCCUUGCUUCCUCUUCAUUUUUUUCUUUCUGCUCUCUGCCUCUUUCUCAGUGCCAUACGCCCUCACUCUCUCCUUUCCUCUGGCUAUGUGCCUCUGCUACCUGGAGCCCAAGGCGGCCUCCUUGAGUGCCUCACUUGCCAAUGACCUGAGUGACAGUUCAGAGGAAGAGACUGACAGUGAGCAGACGGAUACUGCGGCUGAUGGUGAGACCACUGCCACCGAGUCGGAUCAAGAGGAGGACGGAGAUCUAAAGGCACAGGAUCUAGACAAAACCCAGGAAGAUCUGAUGAAACAUCAGACCAAUAUAAGCGAGUUGAAACGCACCUUCUUGGAAACCUCCACAGAAACGACUGUGUCUAAUGAGUGGGAGAAGAGGCUUUCCACAUCUCCUGUUCGGCUUGCAGCAAGGCAGGAGGAUGCUCCUAUGAUUGAACCACUAGUGCCUGAAGAGACUAAACAGUCCACCAGUGAAAAAACCUUGGAUGGUUCAGAUAUCUUCACUUUUAUAGAGUCCGCCAGAAAACCGACUGAGUUCAUAGGAGGGGUUACUUCUACUUCCCAUAGCUGGGCUCAGAGAAUAGACACAACAACGUCUCAGGAGAUAACUUCCAGUGACAUGAAGCAAGCAGUUCAGCCGGAUCAGGAUACAGUGCAGAAGGUUGUACAGGAGACUGUAGUUGUCAAGGAGAGACAUGGGAUGGAGGUGCAUGCAGGCGGGGAUCCUGCUAAAGUGGUCGGACUUACGCUGGAUGCCCAGGCUGAGGCAGCGUCAGCGGUGGCUGCUGGCGUGAAAGGGAAGGAGGGCUCUGCUGGGACUGAGGGGGCGAAGGAGGAAAAAAGGGAGGAGGCUGGGAAAGCCCUAACCAAACAGGAAGGAGUCGCUGCUGCUGCUUCGUGUGAGCAGGCAGAGGAGCACAGAACAACUGUUCAACUUUCAGAGUCUUUGGAAAGAAAACCUCAUUUUGAGUCGCCAGUUGUGAAGACUGAGACUAUAAGUUUCAGCAGUGUUCCAGCUGGUGGGGAAACCCUUGAAAUUUCAACAAAGGAAGUGCCAGUAGUCCAUACAGAAACAAAAACCAUUACAUAUGAGUCUUCUCAGGUGGAUUGUGGUGCUGACUCUGAACCAGGUGUAUUGAUGAGUGCACAAACUAUCACAUCUGAAACCACCAGCACUACAACUACUACACAUAUCACCAAAACUGUGAAAGGAGGCAUAUCAGAGACAAGAAUUGAAAAGCGAAUAGUCAUCACAGGAGAUGCAGAUAUUGACCAUGAUCAGGCGCUGGCUCAGGCAAUUAAAGAAGCCAAAGAGCAGCACCCUGACAUGUCAGUGACCAAAGUAGUGGUACAUAAAGAGACAGAAAUCACACCAGAAGAUGGGGAGGAUUGA